UGAGGCGGGCGUUCCUUGCAUUACCUAUGGGUGUUUACAUCUAAACACAAAGUACUUAAGUAACUUCAACAUGUCAGCCUCCAUAGCACGGGCGACAGUGAGGGCGGUUAGCAGACGGAAAAUACUUCCAACAAGAGCCGCUUUAACGCUGACGCCUUCAGCUGUGAAUAAAGUCAAGCAACUUUUACAGAGCAAACCAGAAUAUAUCGGCCUCAAAGUUGGUGUUCGAACCCGAGGUUGCAAUGGCCUCACUUACACACUAGACUAUACUAAAGAGAAAGACAAAUCAGACGAGGAGGUGUUACAAGACGGUGUGAGAGUGUUCAUAGAGAAGAAGGCUCAGCUGACGCUGCUCGGCACGGAGAUGGAUUUUGUCGAAACGAAACUUUCCAGCGAGUUUGUGUUCAACAAUCCCAACAUCAAAGGGACGUGCGGCUGUGGGGAAAGCUUUAACAUAUGAACCUUGCAGCAUGUUUGGCUUCAUCUAAAGCUUGAGCCCUCCAGGACAUCCAGACCUGAUCCUAGAUUCAUACAUCCAUCUUGAAGAUUUGUGGGGAAAGAGACUGAUAUUUAGUGGCCUGUUUGGCCAUCAUGUCCUGUGCUGCCUCCGGUCACUGCGACACAAACCUAGAAAAGCCCUGCUUACAAAUACAGUUGUUAACUUAAAAUUUUGUUUCGUUUGUUCAUUUAAUUGCUUGAACACACUUUAUUGAGCAGCUUAAUGCGUGUUUAAUGUGCCUGUGUCUCAAGCGGCUCUGAGGAGGGUUCCAGUUACACUAGUUAGUGGUUAAAGAGGAAUUAAUUGCUUUGGUGUUUUUGUGUGUAAUCCAGUCGCUCUGAUUCAUAUUUGAUAAUCCAGUUAAUAUGUUGUGAGGAUUAUCCUAAUGAGCUGAACCUGCUGAAUGUCGUAACACAUCCUCCUUACAGCAAUAACCUAGAUCUACACCACAAGAAAAGGGGAGUAUUAACUUUGCACUUUUAGCAUGCCACGUUUUGUCAUUUGCUCUAUAAUGUGAUUAACAAGCAGCACAGGAACUGAUGCCAAAUUUUAAAUAUGCGAUUGUUUGACUUGAACUUGUUUUCUGUUGAAGUAUUAGUGUGAGAUGUACAUAACCAUGUAAAUCCCUUCAACUGUCUAUGAACGCACAAAUAAACUUCCAUUGUACAUACAA